AUGACGAGCUUGAUAGAUAAAAUAGAACAACUAAUAAAACGUGAAAAAACAACACCCGAGCGUAAAAAAGAUGACUCGAAAAAGUCAUCCAGUGAGAUUCUCUCGGAAUUGUUUAGUGCUUUUAACGCAGAUCCCCCGAAGAUAGAUGAAGUUCCUUCUAAGAAAUCAAAGAAGAGUAAGAAGAAGCAUAAGAAAGAAAAGAAAAAACGCAGCCGGAGUUCUAGCAGCGACAGCUCGGACGAUAGUGAGUACACACAUAAGCGGAAAAAGAGAAAAAAGAGUAAGUCUAAAAAACGGGCUAGAGAGAGUCGGUCUCCCUCAUACCCGUACCCACUAACACCGGUCCGAGUUAAACCAGAAAAUGACCACGUGAAAAUAAAACAUGAGAAAGAAAUCAAACAAGAAGAUGUUAAACCUAAGGAAGUUAAAGUUGAAAAGGAUGUUAAAAAGCAUGUGGCAAUUAAAAUUGAAGAUGAUUCCAUUUCAUUGUCACCUCCACAUCCCAUGUCUAUGUCUACAGACUGUAACAAGACUAUAGACUUGCGGGAUAAACUGGACAGUAAGAAGGCUGAGGCUUGCAAUGCAGACAAUGAUAAGUCUAAGGGUAAAAUUCAAAUAAAGAAUCUUAAAUUUAGUGCUGUAUAUGAGGAGACGGUGAAGAAAGCUGAGGAAGAGGCUAGAAGGAAAGCAGAAAAAUAUGAAGAAGGUGAAUACACAGAUUCAUCUAGCAGUAUUGAGAAAGAAAUUGUAUGCAACUCACAGUUUCCUAAAACUUCAGAUCCUGGAGGUAUACUUAAGAAACAAGCUGAGGAAGAAUCAAAAAUUGAAACAAAUGGCGAAUCAAAAUCUGCUUCAAAGAAAAGUAAAAAGUCUGAAAGCUCAUCAAAAUCAUCAAGGCGAGAUAGAAGUAAAUCUCCUAAAAGGUCUAGCAGUAAAUCAAGGAGAUCAUCUUCAGCAUCUAGGAAGCGUCAUCAUCGUUCCAGUUCUAAGACACGACAUAGCAGUCGUUCACGACAUCGGUCCUCAUCUCGGUCCCGAAGGAGGUCAAGGUCGCGAUCGCGGCGAAGGUCGAGAUCAAGAUCACGACAUAGGACCAGACGGUUGUCGCCUAGACAUGGAGGAAGGAGGAGAUCAAGGUCACCAACCGGUGUUAAGUUAGCAGAUAGUGAAAAGAAACGACUGCUAGAAGUUGCUAGAAGGAAUGCUAUAAACAUGCUCAAGAAUGGCGCAGUCCCCGCCGGAGCCGCCGCUUUGCCGCCACAUACUAGGAAUCAAGUAAUGGCUGCAAUUCAGUCUGGAGGUAAAUCAGUAGAUGAACUGACAGACUUCUGCAAGCACUUGUCCAAGAAAGAAGCUCUAGGUGAACUAUCAUCUGUCUCAUCAAACGACGAUGAUAUGAGUGAGAACGAAGAUACACUGGCAUUCCACCAUCCCUUCCUUGUUAAGGAGAAGGCUCCUAUUGUUAUGAACAUAAGGGGAGGCGCUCCACUACCAAUAAAAACGAAUCCUCUUCCUAUAGCCAACAAGGAGGAGCUAAGGCUUCAAUUCCCCGUGUCUUCAGGAUCUCAACAUCGGGAGAAAGCAUCAGAAUGGGUGCCCGUCUCACCGCCUAAGAAGGACAUGCAAGUAGCAAAGCUCAACUCCACUAGUUCUAAGACUAAAUCUACCACUGCCUCCACUUCUUCAUCAACAAACACAUGCACGGAUAUUGCCAAAAUAUCUGAAAGAUCUUUAAGUCCACCUGCUUAUAUGAAAAGUUUCACUUCUGGAAGCCAGCUGAAUUCAGUGCCUGCAAUACCCGCGUUACCAGCUCCGGGUCCACAAGCUUAUCCACCAGGCGUAGAUGCACAGAAGAUGCAAGACGUGGCGUUGAUCGUGUCGCAGAAACUGUCUUUGAUUCGCAAGGAACAAGAAGAGACCGAACUUUUUACCACACAUGGGUUUGGUUGGUCAGCGGGUGAAUCAUCACUUGGUCAGUUCACCGGUUCAACAGGAGCUCAGAUAUUAACACCGAGGGAACUAGCAAGUGGUACACAAGCGUGGGCCAAAAAGGAUCAACUGGUGCGUGCCGCGCCCGUUGAAGGAGGCAUGGGCAUGCAUUUACUUCAGAAAAUGGGCUGGACGCCCGGCCAAGGGUUGGGUAAGGAAGGUACUGGGACGCUUCAGCCAUUACUGCUAGAAGUUAAACUUGAUACAAGAGGUCUACAGGCCAAAGAAGAGGCCACUACCUGUAGGCGCAGUAGGGGUAUGAAACCGCAACGCCCCAGUCGUCUCCGCGGCCCCGCGCCCCUAGUAGCGGGCGGGAAGCACCCAGUAUCGUUGCUAGGAGAAUAUUGUUCCAAACAGAAACUUGGCCCCCCAGAGUACAAUCUGUGUUUUGAGUGCGGUCCCGACCACAAGAAGAACUUCCUGUUCAAGGUCUGCGUGAAAGUGGCCGGGACGGAAUAUCAGCCCGCAGUAGCCAGCGCCAACAAGAAGCAGGCUAAAGCUGACGCCGCUCAGCUAGCUCUACAGAAACUAGGCAUAGUGACGUAG